AUGGUGGCGUCGCCGGCCACGCCGCCGGGCUGCAGCCGCGCCGACCUGGUGCCGGCGCGCACCGUGCUCGUCUACCGCAACGGCGACGCCUUCUACCCGGGCAAGAAGUUCGUGAUCAACCGGCGGCACGUGCCCACCUUCGAGGCGCUGCUGGCGCAGCUCAGCGAGGCGGUGGCGGCGCCCUUCGGCGUGCGCGCGCUCUACACGCCGCGCCAGGGCCACCGCGUGCGCCAGCUGGGCGACCUUGAGCAGGGCGGCCGCUACGUGGCCGCGGGGCUGGAGAAGUUCAAGAAGCUGGAAACAAUGGAUUUUAACUGUAUGAUUAAACCAGUAGUUCAUAGUACUAUCCGUGUGCCUUCCAGAUGGCAAUGUUUCUCUAAUAAGCCACGAAAUAUCAAUGUUUUCACCAACGGAGAGAUGAUCAAGCCACCUAUAAAAUUUCUUAUACCAAGGUUUACUCUGAAAAACUGGAAUUGUGUCCUUGCMCUAAUUAAUGAAAAAAUGCUUCUUCGUUCAGGAGGUAUUAACAGGCUGUACACGUUGGAUGGUCAUGCUGUGGAGAGCUCAGAUGGCUUAGAAGAUAAUCAUUUUUAUGUUGCAGUGGGCAGAGAAAAAUUCAAACCAUUACCAUACUGGUGUUCCUCUCGAGUCCCUUCAGAGGUUCGCUGUUUAUAUGGUGAAUCACGAGUACCUUCAAGAAGAUGUAAAAAGAAAAAGGCAAGAUCAGAGAGGCCAAGGGCCAGAAAAUCCUCCAGUAGACCUCCAACAGCUACUGAAAGUGCAAAAAUGAAAGAUGAAAAAGCAAGCACAGAUUUUGAUGACAAAAGCAAGAAGGCAGGUCCUGAAAGAACUUUAGAUCCAGUACUUGCUAAAGCACCAAGUAUCUUUAGUGUAGACAAACCAAGAGAAGAAGUUCAAGGAGCAGAAGAAGUGCAGGAUGACAAAAAUGUGAAAGUGGAAGUGCCUAUUGACCAGAUUCCAGCGGAGAUUGUGCAAGAGGAAGAAAUUACAGCACCUAUCAGCAGUACUGUGGAUGAGAUUGAAACAGAUGCCCUGGCUUCUGAAGAAGUUCCAGAAAAGGAAGAGAAGAAAUCAUGGAAUGUCAAAAAUAUGUUCGACUUCAUUCUCAGAAAGUCUGCUACUUCAGAAGAUGUACAUAACAAAGAUCAAACAGAAAAGCCUGAAGAAAAGCCUGAAGAAGAACCUGAAGAAAAACCUGAAGAAAAACCUGAAGAAAAAGAAGAAGAAAACCGCUAAAGUGAUUCCAAAAUCUGUAUCUUGUGUCAUACAGGAAAAGGUAGGAAGAAGAGUUUUUCUGAAGAAAAAUCCCAUGGAAGAUAAUUACAGUGGAACGGAUAUCUGCCRUAUGCUCUCCCUUCUUUAAAGUCUUCUACACUGCAGUCAAGAAACACAGAAUGGAAGUGGGCGACUUACAGGGCAUAUGAAU